AUGUCCACAAGGCUAGGGCUCUGGGGGUCCUUAUUACUGCUGAUUCUCGUUCUGGUGGUCAGCGAGACCUCCGCGCUGAGUGCGAAUGAGAAGUUCCACGCCAUGUUUCAGGACUUUAAGGCCUACCACAGUAAGGUCUACGAAAGCCUCGAGGAGGAGGCUUACCGGCUGUCCAUCUUCAUUUCGAACAUCAAACGCGCACGCCGGCUGGGGUUGAUCGACUCCCACGCCCAUUUCUCCGUCGAGGGGAAUCGCUUUGCCGACCUCUCGCACGAUGAGUUCGUCGCACGGUAUCUGGGAACGAGGCCCCCCCCGCGCCUAAACACAGGCAAGAACCCCAUCGAGACCCAACAGAGCCACGGUUUUGGGAGAGAGAAUUGGAAUGGGAUGAAGAAGGAGAAUUUGAAGGACUCCUUGCCGAGUUCCUUUGACUGGCGCGAUCACGGGGCGGUGACCGAAGUGAAAGACCAAAAGCAGUGCGGCUCCUGUUGGGCCUUCUCGACGACCGGGACAAUCGAGGGUGUCUGGGCGGCCACAGGGCACCCCCUCACCUCCCUGUCGGAGCAGGAGCUGGUGAGCUGCGAUGACACCGACCAGGGCUGCAAUGGGGGGAUGAUGGGAAACGCGAUCGAGUGGCUGCUGAACGCGCGCGGGGGAAGAGUGCUGACUGAGAGUAGCUACCCCUACACCUCCGGAGACGGGCUCACCGAGGAAUGCCAGCUGGAGGGUGGGAAGGUCGGCGCGGUUGUCGCGAAACUCGUCGAGAUCGAAUCCAACGAGGACGCGAUCGCUGCCCAGCUGAUAAAAUCCGGCCCCAUCGCGGUCGCCGUGGAUGCCUCAAACUGGCAGCUCUACGCCGGCGGCGUCCUCAGCUCGUGUGAGUUGAGCGCGCUCAACCACGGGGUUCUGAUUGUCGGCUUUAACGACACCGCAAAGCCUCCGUAUUGGAUUAUUAAAAACUCCUGGAGUAACUCCUGGGGUGAGAAAGGCUAUAUUCGCAUCGAAAAAGGCAGCAAUCAGUGCGGUGUGCAGGAGUACGCCGUUACCGUUGAGGUGAAGGAUGGAAGCGACAGCGACAGCAAAAACCCACCACCACCCCCACCAAAACCAGUGAAGAGUGAACUCGUGGUUAAGUCAUGCUUUGACAAUCGCUGCUCGUUGUUCUGCUCCAAAGAGUCCUUUCCCUUAGAAAACUGCGUUGAUCUCAAAUCCGGCGGCUCCGCCAUCUUCAACUGCAGUGAAUCGACCGUCGAGCAGACCAUCUUCUUCCAGAAAAAGUGCGUUGGUGCCUCGAAGAGCAUCAAGGAACCUUUGAAUAUGUGUAUGGGAGGAAUAUUGGGCUAUUAUGAAAAUAUUUGCACGUUUCCCCAUGCUAUCGCCAAGUAA